CACCGAAUUUAGCAUCAGUGCACAACAACCGCAACUGAAAACAAAGUCACCUUCAAAUUAACAGCAAACCUCAUCCGAAAAAUUAAAACCAAUAUGAAGACAAUUGUACUUUUUGCUGGACUGAUCUGCGCUUUUUGCCUAUUCACGGCCGCCAGUGCCAAGCCUGCGGCGGAUGGAGCUGCUCUGGAAGCAAUAGACGUGAAUCCUCUAAUGGAACAGUUGGCCGCGGGAAACUCGGAACCUGUGGUGCAUUUGAAUCGCCAAAAGCGUUUCACUUGUGACGUGCUCAAAAGCCCUCCAGCGUGUUCGGCCCAUUGCGUUGCACUGGGCAAAUGGCGUGGCGGUUAUUGUAGCCGUCAGGGUAUAUGCAUUUGUCGGCAGUGAAAACUUGCAGCUUAAUGAAGACCAUUUUUAUUUUUAUACAUUUUUUUAAAACUAUUCGCAAAUUUAUUUGUUUCAAAUAAUUAUUUUCCUUUUUUUCAAAAAUAAACUGUAUUAUUGUACAUACCUA